CGCUUGCCUGGCCCUCCCCUCCCGGAGCUGGGCGCGUGAAGUCCUCCGGGAGCCGCAGCGGGAGGGAAGCGAGUGGCCCAUCCCAGCCUAGCCCACCCCCGUCCUUGGGCUGCGCUGGUCCCCAGGGAGAUCAUGGGGGGACUCCAGAGCCGGCCCGAGCCGCGCCCCCCUUCUGCUCCUGGGGCUCAGGCUGAGCAGACCCCCCGCGCCAGGUUGGAGAGGGUCCCUGGUUCGGAUUCGGAAGGCAAUUUUGGGACUCCUGAGGCAGAGACGCCGAUCCACUCCUUGGGGAAAGAGUUGGAAGAGCUGGAUUUGGAUCUGGAUCUGGAAGUCGGGUCCCAAGCAUCUCUGGAAGAUCAAUUUGUCUCCAAAGUGUUGGAGGAGACAUCAGCUUCGGCAGAGGAUGAAUUACAGACUGACUCUGCAAUCGUGCCAAGCAGUGACCCAUUUAUAUCAAAAGCCCACCUUGGACUUGACCAGGGUCCAUCCGUGUCUUCUUCUGCAUUAGAGGAGACAACUGUUGCUGAGAGGCUCAGUCCAGACUACACUUCGGGCACGCUGUCCCAAGAGGAGCAAAGGGACAUUUUGAAGGAAAGCCGAGAGAUCCCCAUUCAAGAGCCUUCAGAAGUCAAGUCAAGUGUUGAGAACAUUGCUAGUAACAAGAGCAAGCUCCCGAGGGCGAAACCAAUUGCUCUUCAAAAGAAAAUGGGGGGAGAGAACUCCGAGACUGAAGUGACCAUGGAAAGCCCCCCUAUUCCCAAAGCUACCUACCGCUUUGAUCCAGAGGAAUACAAUGAGACCGUGAACCCCUUUACCAUGGGAGGCUCCAAAUGUCCAAACUCUCCUCCUGCAUCUCAGCCAGGGGUUGAUCUUCCAAACAGUGACCCCAAGCAUCCCAGCUCAGCAGGAGCUGGAGAUGGCAAGACCCGGGCCGCGAAACUAGAGUUUGAUUUUGCCGAAGGAGCAGAAAAGGUCGAGGCCAAGAAGCUUCCAGCAAGAAAAAUGGGAAGGAGGCCUAUCAGUAAGUUGUCUCCUAAGAGACAAAGAGGACCCACCGACCGGCCAGUUGUCGGUCCCGAGGAUGGAGAGAAGACAAUAGCUCCUGAGGCACCGGUGGCACCUCUGACCAAGGCUACUCCCCCGGUGGACUCCAACCAGUGGGAUGAUCCAGCCUUUAACCCUUUUGUGGGCCGCUCUUCUUUGCAGGAUUCUCCCACGCUCACAAAACGCUCAUAUCAUUUGGACCGCGGCGAUCCUUUCCAGCCGAGCACCAAGACCUUGUCCACCGUAGGAGCUGAUUCUUGUCCUUCCGCAGAGAACAGCCUCAACGAGAUCUUGGAGUCGCAAGCACGAGAGGCCGCGGGGGAUGAUUUGAAGACAUGCUUGGUCCCACAGAGCUCCAGAUCACGCCUGAUAACGACUGGCUGCAAGGCGAGAAAGUACGAAACUCAUUCCUUAGCCCUGGAUGCUUGCUCUCAGGGUGAAGAGGAGGCAGCACUUAUUUCCAAAAUCCCAGAUCUUCCCAAUCAGGACGGGCAUGCUACCGACGAAGAGAAGUUGGCUUCCACUGGCCAAAAGCCAGCUGAGUUGGAGGUAAAAGGUGAGCCCGAGGAAGACCUGGCGUAUUUUGAGUGUUCCAAUGUGCCCGUGCCUACCAUAAAUCAUACGUUUUCAUCCCAGGUAGAAGGUUCUGAGAAAGAAUCUUUGUGCAGACUGGAAGAGAAGAAUAACUCAAGUGAUAUAUCAAGUAAUCCUGAACUAUGUUCUAUGGAAAAGGCACCUGGAGAUGCGCCAGGCAGCACGAGAGGAGGGGCUGAAAGCCCCCUGGAUGCCAUUUGCCUCAGCGAAUCUGAUAAGACAGCAGUUCUGACUCUGAUCAGAGAAGAGAUUAUAUCUAAGGAAAUUGAAGCCAAUGAAUGGAAGAGAAAAUAUGAAGGAAGUCGACAGGAAGUUUUGGAAAUGAGGAAGAUUGUGGCUGAAUAUGAGAAGACCAUUGCACAGAUGAUAGAGGAUGAACAGAGAACCAAUAUGACAUCCCAGAAGAGCCUUCAGCAGCUGACGAUGGAGAAGGAACAAGCCCUGUCUGACUUGAAUUCAGUGGAGAGAUCUCUGUCCGAUCUGUUCAGGAGAUAUGAGAACCUGAAGGGAGUCCUGGAAGGUUUCAAGAAGAAUGAAGAGGCCUUGAAAAAGUGCGCUCAAGAUUACCUCAAUCGAGUCAAGCAAGAAGAGCAGCGCUAUCAGGCCUUGAAAAUCCAUGCGGAGGAGAAGUUAGACAAAGCCAAUGAGGAAAUUGCUCAGGUCCGUACUAAGGCCAAAGCUGAGGGUGCAGCUCUUCAUGCUGGACUUCGAAAAGAACAAAUGAAGGUUGAGUCUCUUGAAAGGACCCUCCACCAAAAGAACCGGGAAAUUGAAGAGUUGACCAAGAUCUGCGAUGAGCUGAUUGCCAAGUUAGGAAAGACCGAUUGAGGACGUCUUUAAUCAUUUCUGGAGCACCAUUCUUGGUUUCUCCCUGCUAUCCAUCUGUAUCUUCCAGCAAACAUCUUGCCUUAUUUUUC